AUGAUUUUUCGGUGGAUUGAAUUCGGAGCAGUGCCUGCUUCUCUACGAACAUUUGCCUUGCAGGAAUGGACAUCCACAAUUGUCAUUGUAUCGCAUGAUCGCAGCUUUUUGAACACCGUUUGCACGGAUAUAAUACAUUUGCAUUCAAAACGGCUUGAACAGUACAAAGGCAAUUAUGCGGUGUUUGAGAAGACAAUGAGCAGCAAGCUUGUGCAACAACAAAGGGAAUAUGAAGCGCAACAGCAGCUGCGCCAGCACACCCAGGAGUUCAUUGAUAAAUUUCGUUAUAACGCUAAGAGAGCGUCAAUGGUACAGAGUCGCAUCAAAAUGCUUGAAAGACUGCCUGAUCUGAAGCCUGUUAUUUUUGAGGGCGAGGUGAAGCUGGCUUUCCCUGAUUGUGAAGUUCUGGCUAACUUGGUGUUACAACUGGACGACGUAUCUUUCAGGUACACACCUCUCAGCCCCCACAUAUUUACAAAGCUCCAUAUUGGUUCGCAUGCUGAUUCGCGCAUAUGCAUUAAAUCACUUCCUCUUGUCGCAUGCGGUUUUGCAAUUCAUUUUCAGGGAGGUGUAGUGAUUGUUUCGCACGAUGAGAAACUAAUCAGCAUGGUUUGUAAGGAGUUAUGGGUUGUCAAAGACCGUACAGUGAUGCAUUUGGAAGGGGGUAUCGAGGAGUAUAAAAGACAUGUCCGCUCGCAACUUGCUCUGUGA